CUCCAACCACCCCAAACCAAACUCACCAUGGCUCGAACUCAUUUCCAAACCAUCAUCUUCAUCACCUUCUUCCUCAUCUUCACCAUCGUUGCCACUGCAAAACCCGAUUUCAAGUUCAGGAAAGAGAAGAUCAGCCACCUACAAUUCUACUUCCACGACGUCAUCGACGGUCCCAACCGCACAGCAGUCCAAGUAGCUGCUGCGCCAUCAACAAACACCUCAGUUACAGGGUUCGGCGCAGUGACCAUGUUCGACAACCCUCUAACGAAAGGCCCUAAUCCAAUGUCGAAGAUGGUGGGAAGAGCUCAAGGAAUGUAUGCGGUCGCAUCGCAGCAAGAGCUUGGAUUGCUAAUGAAUAUGAACUUUGUAUUUGCAGAAGGGAAGUAUAAGGGGAGUACGCUUAGCGUGCUCGGGAGGAACGCUGUACUCGCAAAGGAGAGAGAGAUGCCUGUGGUUGGAGGGAGUGGUUUGUUUCGAUUUGCCAGAGGCUACGCUCUGGCUAAAACGUAUAGUCUUGACCCUAUUAGAGCGAUUGUAGAGUAUGAUGUCUUUGUUAUGCAUUACUGAUUUUGGUUUGUUCUUUUGUUUUAUUAUUUUUAUUUUUUAUUUUAUUUUGUGGACCCUUUGUUAUAUCAAUUUGGGCCUAGAUAUUUGUUUGAUUUAGUAAUCAAAAUAGAGUUUAAUGGCCCAUAGAGUUUAAUUUGUGUCCCCACUUUUGGGAAAAUAAUAAAUAAAAAUUAUAUGCAAUGGUUGCAUGAUAACUUGAUAUU